AGUAAUCAAUCUUCUUUUCUUACCCAAAAAAAAAAAAAAAAAAAAAAAAAAAAGUAAUCAACUUGCUUCACAGCAGAGGUCCAAAGACAGAAAGAGAUGGCGGCAUAUUCAGUCCUUUCCACCAUCUGCCACUCCUCUCCUACUUUCUCUCCGUUUUCUCGCUCCCCAAACAGAAAAUCCACUUUCAUCCUUUCUAAGUCUCUUUCCCUCCACCACACUCCCAAUCCGAAGUCAACCUCUCCGUUUAUCUUCUCUCUCCUUAGCCACAACUCCAACCACGAUCAAAAUUCUCUCACCUCAAGCAACUCCUCCACACCUUCAUUCCUCAAAAUCCCUCUCCCUUUCUCCUCUGCUUUGGAUUCUCUGCUCAUAUUUUGCACUUCACUAGCUUUGUCUUUCACCCUCCUCGUUGCAGAUGCUGACUCGGCCUUGGCCUUUGUGGUCACCACGCCAAGGAAGUUGCAGACCGAUGAACUCGCCACGGUUCGUCUUUUUCAGGAGAACACGCCCUCCGUUGUUUACAUCACUAAUCUAGCUGCCAGGCAGGAUGCAUUUACUUUGGACCUGUUGGAAGUGCCGCAAGGUUCUGGUUCUGGCUUUGUUUGGGAUAAGGAUGGUCAUGUUGUCACCAAUUAUCAUGUGAUCCGCGGUGCUUCUGAUCUCAAGGUCACUCUUGCUGAUCAAUCGACUUAUGAUGCAAGAGUUGUAGGAUUUGAUCAGGAUAAGGAUGUUGCAGUCUUACGUGUUGAUGCACCAAAAGACAAGCUAAGACCCAUUCCAAUUGGCAUCUCUGCAGACUUGCUUGUUGGUCAAAAAGUGUUUGCUAUUGGCAACCCUUUUGGACUUGACCACACUCUUACAACUGGUGUUAUCAGUGGGCUUCGUAGAGAGAUUAGUUCUGCUGCUACUGGUCGCCCAAUUCAAGAUGUUAUACAGACAGAUGCUGCCAUUAAUCCUGGUAAUAGUGGUGGGCCACUUUUAGACAGUGCAGGAAGUCUUAUAGGGAUAAAUACUGCUAUAUAUUCUCCAUCUGGUGCCUCCUCUGGUGUUGGGUUCUCAAUUCCAGUUGACACCGUUAGUGGCAUUGUUGAUCAAUUGGUGAGGUUUGGGAAAGUCACAAGACCUAUUUUAGGAAUAAAGUUUGCACCUGAUCAAUCUGUUGAGCAAUUAGGUGUUAGUGGAGUGCUUGUCUUGGAUGCUCCUGCCAACGGUCCAGCUGGCAAAGCAGGAUUGCAAUCAACUAAACGUGAUGCUUAUGGUAGACUUAUAUUGGGAGACAUCAUAACAUCUGUAAACGGCAAAAAGGUUGCCAAUGGCAGUGACUUGUAUAGAAUUCUAGACCAAUGCAAAGUGGGUGAUAAGGUGAUUGUUGAAGUUUUGCGUGGGGAUCAGAAGGAGAAAAUCCCUGUAAUACUAGAACCGAAGCCAGAUGAGUCAUAAAUAUGCCAAACAACGCAGCUUUUAUAACUAAUUACAGUGCAUAGAAAGGGGUUUACCAUUACUUGGCGUAGGAAGUGUCCAAUGAAAAGGAUCGUAUUGUACAUAGUCCAAAAGUUGUAACUACUUUUAUUAUUUUGAUUAAGUGAAAUUGUAAAGUCCAAAAAUUGUACCUACUUUUAUUAUUUUGAUUAAGUGAAAUUAUACAAUAGGUUAUUUGCGUGCACAA